AUGGCGACGCCUAACUCCGACGGCGAAUCAACUUCUAACUCCGGUGGUGUUCUGGCCGAGGGUGCUCGGCGGUUUAGUUGCAUAUCGGGCAGGCUUGGCAGCAAAACACCUCAGGGUAGGGGAAGAGGGGAAAAAAAGAACAGCGGAGUACGUGAGGCGAGGAGCAACGUGGGUAGCCUUGAGUGCGUCAUACGUGCCGGCGUCAAAGUAGUUGAACGGGGAGAGUCUCCCGAAGAGGUUUAUUUGAAGCUCCUGGCUGCAAGGACUUUCCGUGCUGGUUCUCUAAGUCUUCGUCAGCUUCGAUUUGCUUGUGUGGAUUUGGAACUACAUACAAAAUACACCCCAGAUGGGUCAGAAUCUGUCUUUGAUGUUGAUCAGAGAGUUUCCAGGAAAACACAAGUGAUCCCUCCAUUUCCAGAAGAUAGGUUUCUGUGUGGUUUCAACCAUAUACUUUUAGGUGGAUAUGCUGCUGGAUACUACAGUUACAAGUGGGCGGAAGUAUUGUCUGCAGAUGCUUUCUCAGCAUUUGAGGAUGCUGGACUGGAUGACAUCAAGGCUGUUAAAGAGACUGGCCACAAGUUUCGAGAGACCAUAUUUGCUCUUGGAGGUGGAAAAGCACCAUUGGAGGUGUUUGUCAGGUUCCGUGGACGUGAACCGUCACCAGAGGCAUUGCUGAGGCAUAAUGGAUUGUUACCAGUAACAGCCUGAGCAUCAGCAGUUGCCUUUCAAGGUUUACCAAAGAGGCAUAAAAAUCUACUUUACUAGAUUAAAUAAG